CAUGUCCAUCCUACUGUAAGCCACUUGUUCUACCUGACGCAUCUAUCAUUCAGAUGAUGGCGAUGAGGAUAGAGAAUGGUCCACUCUUUGCCGAACUAACUGAUUCACUCCAGCACUACAUGUGCAUACCCCCACAAGUGUCAAUUGCAACAUUAACAACAUCUUCAUCUGGCGACGAUGCAGGCAGUACAGGUGUACUUACAGAUGUUUCUGCACUUGAUCCAUCUUUACCGUCCAUUCGACUACCCUCAUCGGUAUCCAUGACAGUGACUCAAGAGACGACAUCAUCUACAGUAGCCUUUGGAGAUCCCACAUCCUCCUCCACUUCGUUGACGACGAGCAGUGGGGUUACUACGGUUGACACGCCCACGCAGGCCAGUACAUCAGUAAAACCUGCUACAACUAAUCCGCCCAAUCCUGCUCCUAACGACAGUGAGGCUGAGGAUGAUUAAUAUUUCCAUUAUUCUUCAUGUCGAAAAAAUAACGUGAAUGGUAAAUGCUUGUGGUGAAUGAACAUUGUUUAUGAUCUGUCUAUCUGGAUAAAUUCCAUUAUAAUUAUGUGUGUCAACCUCUAAAAAGAUAUCUAUGGUAAUGUCGUCGUAGACACCUCUCACCAUUUAAUAAUAUUAAUAUGUAUUUUAAAUGAGCUUAAUCUCAAAUGCCUGAAUUUCUUCUCAGUUUUGUUUUUGUCCAUCUAAUUAUUUUAUUUUCUACAUUUGAUUCCUAGUAUGGAAGAGAGUUAUUCAUAUAAAUAUGUUCCUACAGUUACCUGUUUUUAUUUGUGAUAGGGGUUGUCAACACAAGCCUUGCU